GAUAUAUUGGCUGUUUUCAAGACCAGUCCAUCCGAACAUUGAAUGGAAAGCAUACGUCAUCAAACAUAAUGACUGUGGAAAUGUGUAAAGAAUAUUGUAAUAAACAAGAUGCUGAAUUUUAUGGUUUAGAGAGUUCCACGUCUUGUUUCUGUGGAAACCUUACAAAAGGUCUGAGAAAGCCAGAGAUAGAUUGUUCUUGCUCAUCUAUGUCAGGAAACCCUGAUCAGUUUUGUGGGGGACAUUGGAGGAUUAGCAUCUAUAAAAAUCGCUAUACAAUUCCAUUUGAGUGUGAAGAGAACCUUUCACAAAUAAAAUGUUCACCGAAAGACGGAAAGAGAACCAUUUGUGUUGUAAACAAUGCAGAAUUAGUCCUUAAUGUUGCACCAAGUUCACGUAACCCUUCAUGUGCACGCGGGGAGACGUAUGGAAGACACGGGGAUGAGAUAUGGGUUUCUGGAGAGUGUGCAGGGUUAUUUACUGUCUGCUUUAAAAAAGUGAAGAAAAUGGACAUCUCUAAUGAUUGUAUACGAACAGCGGACGGCCAUGAUUAUAAAGGUAGCUGGAACAGAACACAAUCUGGUAAAUCCUGUCAGGAAUGGUCCUCACGGUACCCACAUAAACACAGAUUCAACACUCUUACAAACAACUAUUGCCGUAAUCCCAAUGGAAUGCCCCACCCUUGGUGCUACACAAACGACCCUAAAACAAGAUGGGAAUUCUGUGGUCUACCACUUUGUGCUCCUCCGACGUCAGAAAAUGCAGAAGAAUGUUUAUUGGAUCCAAGAGGAGAAACUUAUUUGGGAUUAAAGUCAACAACCAAGUCGGGCUUGACAUGUCAAGCGUGGUCGAUCCAGUCUCCCCACGCCCACGCCUUCAGUCGUCUCCUUGACAACCAGAAAAACUACUGCCGAAACCCAGAUGGAGAGCUAAAACCCUGGUGCUAUACGACCAACAAAACUAAACGUUUUGAACUUUGUGAAAUCCCAGAUUGUGCUGCAUGCAAUAUUUAUCAGGAAGAGGGACCAGACUGCAAGGUCGUUUAUAAAGUGUCAGGAAAUUGCUAUUACAAAUCGCACUAUAGAAAUGAAUGUAAAUACACAGUGCGGCUCAGUAAAAGCAAGGAAGGUCAAGGAGAGGCGACCAUUAAGUACGGAAAGGAAUCCUUUAAAAUCCUGAAAGAUCAACACCUUCUGAAAUGUGCGUAUUUUAAGAAUGUGGGUGAUUACCUGCUCAUCGAGGACAAGAUGGCAGACAAAUGCUGAAUUAAAAUAAAUAAUUAUAUGUUGUUCUACCUUUCUGAAAAAAAAAUAUCGUG